UACAUCUCCAUCCUGUGCUAUCAAUUUUGCAAUUGACAACCUUCUUCGCAAUGGAUCUCGCUCGUAGAAACAACGUGCUCCAAUAUAAUGACAACACCGUCAACGGUGCAACGGCAGACAUUGCCAUCACAACACAUGGAUCCGACUUCUACUUCGCUAUUUGCGCUGCGAUGGGAUUCUCCGGAUUUGUUUUCCUAGGUCUCGCCUACCGCAAGCAGCGUCGCGACCGUCUUUUCCACUACAUCACCGCAUCUGUAGUCUUCGUCGCAUGCAUCGCCUACUUCACAAUGGGAUCCAACCUGGGCUUUACACCAAUCGCAGUCGAGUUCCACCGCAGCGACCCCAAGGUAGCAGGAAACUACCGUUCGAUCUACUAUGCUCGUUACAUCGACUGGUUCAUCACUACGCCUCUGCUGCUCCUCGACUUGCUUUUGACUGCUGGCAUGCCAUGGCCGACUAUACUUUGGGUCAUCAUGGUUGAUGAGAUUAUGGUUAUCACUGGUCUGAUCGGUGCCCUUAUCGACAACCGUUACAAGUGGGCCUACUUCGCUUUUGGCUGCUUUGCUCUUUUCUACAUCGUCUACCAACUAGUCUGGGAGUCGCGCAUCCACGCCAAGGCAUUCGGCCGCGAUGUUGAGAAGGCGUUCAUGAUGUGCGGAAGUAUGACCGCUCUGCUUUGGAUCCUGUACCCAAUCGCAUGGGGAGUCGCCGAGGGCGGUAACGUCAUUGCCCCUGACAGUGAAGCUGUUUUCUACGGUGUACUUGACUUCCUAGCCAAGCCAUGCUUCGGUGCCCUCCUCCUGUGGGGCCACAAGGACAUCGACCCGGCCCGUCUCGGCCUCUCUAUCAAGGACUACGAUGGUGAUGCCAUGGUUCACGAGAAGCGCAAGCCUGAUGCCGUGAACAACGGACAGACCGCUACCCACCCCGAUGGCUACAACGGCACUGCUCCUCAUGUCGACAACACUGUUUAGACCGAGGUUUGAGUUUUGCUUAAAAGAUGAUCUCUCAUGAACGGGGAAGAUGUACCGCAGGUACGGUGAAAGUUGUAAUGUGGUAAUGAUAGUUUAUUGGGUGUGGCGCAGAUUGUGAUUACGAUUAAGCGUGGGAUACCCUCUCUGAUAGUAGCAUAAUAAAUCCUUCCUCUUUUUCAUCAUCAUGUUUGAACAAUGAUGGAAACACAUCUAAUAUUCGCCG